CUCUCCCAACCGGCAGGUGGGGCUAGAGAGAGCGUUCAAAAGGUUACUUGUUGUAUUUCACUUCCUGUUUGGUGUUGGUCAGCACGUUAAGCUUCCUAAAGCAGGAACAUGGCAGCGGUAGCGCCAGUCGAGGAAUACCCGCAGGAGAUAGACGAACAGCUGACGAGCUUUGAUUCUUCGGUGAAUGCGGUGAAAACGAUGUUGGAGAAGCUGAUCUCCAUUUCCAGAAACGACCAGAUGCAAAAGCUGGAUCCUUUGGAUCAAGCCAAGCUGGAUCUGAUGUCUGUCUAUACUCUUAAUUCCUUGUUCUGGAUGUACUUGGUGACAAAGGGGAUCAACCCAAGAGAACAUGGAAUCAAACAGGAGCUGGAGCGCAUAAGGACGUAUAUGAACAGAGUGAAGGAGAUUACAGACAAGAAGAAAGCUGCACGUCUAGACAAGGGAGCUGCUUCACGUUUCUUGAGAAAUGCUCUGUAUGAUCCUGAGGAAAAAGAGCAAAAGAAAGCUGCGUCCAAGAAGUCGGCGGAUACGGACUCUGAAGCGCCUCACAAGAAACGGCCUAAACAGAGCUGAUGAUGAGGAAGAUGCUCCUCUGUCGGGUCCAACUGUGUGCGUUCCAAGAAGGGCUGAUGAACACUGCUGUUCAAACUGCAGGUUAAGAGACUGUAAAUAUUUGAAGGAGUUCAGUUGUUGGACAGCGGUGGCCCUGGGUGAUCUCUAGGAGUUCACUGGAUGUUCUGGAGAUAAAAAAGCUACUUUGUCUUGUAGGCUUGUCAGGUUUGGCUGCUGUGGGGACAUUUCUUUGUCUCUUAUUGCUGACAGCAUCAUUGUGACUUGAAGCUGAUAUCAACCUGACAAAAAAAAAAAAAAAGAAAAGAAAUGUGUUACAAUAUUUGAUAUUAAGGAGUAGCUGGUAAUAAAACAAGCAUUCCCCCCCCACACACCAUUAAAAAUAUUUUAAAUAUGAAUUGACGAGAAAAACAAAAUGAAGUUACUGUUAGUUUCAGAUUCUCUGUUUUUUUUUGUCUUGGCCCCCAAUGCUAACAAUUUCUAGAAUUUUAUUGGUUUAUUUUAUUUCUUUUUAACUCUAUUAGAAUGUUUUGCAUAAAGGUUUGUUCCUUAUAUAGGGCAAGCAGUUUCCAAGCAGUGGCAACGUAAACAUUUAUAGUUUACAGUUUCAAUGCAAACUCUUUGUUUUUUUUUAAGCUAUUUUAUUAAAAUUUUUUUUUAUAUAAAUGGAUGAUCUAAAUAUGAACAUUUUACUGUGGCUGAGCUUGAAUUUAAUGAAGAAGCUGUGAAGGGAGCUAAAAAUUAGAGCAACAACAAGAAGGCCCCCUGACCUUCUUGGAGCUAAAUGCAAAAAAUGAGAAAAUGUAAACAGCUGCUGAGGGGAUUAUAAGAAUAGUAUGGUUGCUGUUCUACCAAUAAAGAUUUUCCUGGUUGGUUUCUUAGAA